AAGCGAAACACAAGAAGCUCGUGGCCAAACAAAUUUACGAAGAGGGAGUUACGUACCGAUAACAAGUUUUCCACUUUGAUGAGCAUUCGCGUGAAAUAUUUAUCAAAUAUUAUUAUUUAUGAGUAUUAUUAUUUGUAAAUUCAUGCCUGCACCAAACACUGUUGUUUAAAUCGCGAUAUCAAUGGAUACUAGACCCUUCUCUCACUGCGGGGACACAGGACAUGACACCAUAUAUAUGACACAACUCGACUUUAAACGAUCGGUGUGACUGUCGGUGAUCAACCACGUUGACUUUUUUUUGAAGAAACAUACCACGAAGUUACAAUAAGACUAGUUAUGUAUUUGGGUGCAAGAGGAUAAUAUAAAAAUAAAAGAUGCAUCGUCUUCGUCACUUGAGAAGUAUUAUCGCAUGCGGUGUAAUUCAAAGACAAGGCGACACUGUAUUAGAUAGAAUAAGGUGCAAAAUUUUAAAUGAGCACACAGUUAGAGCGUUGUCUGCAACUACAUGUGUUUGUGCGGAGGAGCCUACUGCUAAACCUUUACGUAAUAUAAAACCGAAAUCGAAAAACAACACUUUGCAAUAUUUUGUGGAUAUAAAAUCGGUGAGGACGAUCGGAGGAAACGGUGGUGAUGGGCAGAUAUCAUUUCUACGAUUAUGGGUGAAUGAUCGAGCCGGUCCCGAUGGUGGUGACGGUGGUCACGGUGGUCAUGUAAUAUUUGAAGCGAAAAUGGACGUGAAAGAUCUUAGGCACAUUAAUUCCAUGAUCAAAGCUGAAAAUGGAGAAAAAGGGUAUAACAAGGAUUGUUUUGGUAAAAACGCAGAACAUAAUGUGGUGAAGGUGCCUAUCGGCACGAUCGUGCGCGAUGUAGACGGUAAAAUAUUAGCUGACUUAGACAAAGAAGGAAUGAUGUUUAUCGCCGCGAGAGGUGGUGCUGGUGGGCAUGGAAAUGCCUUUUUCAAGUCAGACACUCAACAGACGCCUGAGAUAUGCGAAUACGGCGCGGUCGGCGAAAACUUGCAAUAUGUGUUGGAAGUGAGAAGCAUGGCUCAUAUCGGAUUAAUUGGUUUGCCGAAUGCUGGUAAAAGUACACUUUUAAGAGCGAUAUCCAGGGCUAGGCCGAAAAUAGCGGCAUAUCCUUUUACUACUUUAAAGCCUCAUAUCGGCAUGAUUCAAUAUGAUGAUUAUGAACAAGUAGCAGUGGCUGAUAUGCCUGGUCUCAUAGAAGACUCGCAUAAAAACCGAGGGCUCGGCAUAACUUUCCUUAAACAUGCGGAACGUUGCGCCGCCUUAAUAUUUAUUUUAGACGUAACGCAAAAUGAGCCGUGGGAAGCUUUGGAAAUUUUGAAAUACGAAAUUAACCAGUUUAAUAAAAAUCUGAACGACAGGCCUCAUAUUAUUGUAGCAAAUAAAAUCGAUCUACCAGACGCCGAGGUUAAUUUACAGUUACUCAGAGACCAUGUAGAUUUACCAAUAAUUCCCAUCUCCGCUAAAAUAGGAACCAAUGUUUCCACUUUAUUAAAGGAGAUUAGGAUAUUGUAUGAUAAUCUUAAAACUGACACAACAGAAGAUGAUACCAAAUUUUCGAUAUAACUUUUCUGUAAUAAAUCUGGUAAAAACAUACAAAA